UAUUUUUCCGCCCCGCUAUUUCCUUCCGUACUAUUUGUGACUUCUUAGGUUCUGUAGCGGGAUGGGGACUAGUUGCUCUGCUCUCACCCUGUAAUGCGCAACGUGGCGGGAAGAUUCCUAACCAAAAGCCCCAAAGUUUUAGGAGAAUACUGAUGUAUACCUUCUCCAGCUUGCUCCUGUUUGUGUAAGUCUCUUCAUAUGCAAAAGAAGGGAGAGGGUCUGUUUUUUCCCACUUGCAGUGGGCUUUCCAUCUACCUUUCUAACAUAGCUAAACUGAGGGCUUCUAAGUAAGUUUUUAAACAGUUUUAUACUGGAUUUUUAUAUCUGUAUCUGUGCAUCUUAUUCUUUAUACUAGUGUCCAUUACAUGCAGUUAUAUGAAAAUUGGUGUAUACUGUCCCUUUAAGGGGUUUAUGACCUGGCCUCACCCUGUUAUUAGUGUGAUAAGGUAUGGGUGUAGCAGGUUUGUGUGAGGGCUAGGGUUGCCAACUCUUUUUGGGAAAAAAACAAGGGAGAUAUUUUUUAUUGACACAUUUUCACGGAGACAUUUUUUUGUAGACAGAAUGUCAUGCUUUAAAAAAGUAAAAUAACAUAAAAACAAACUGAAUUAGUUAAUACAUAUUUUUUCAGUAUUUUAUGCUUUGCCACAUAAUUUUCCACAUUUAUAAGUUCAACUGGUUAAAAUGGCAUCUGCCACAAGAACAACAAAAAUAAAUAAAAUAGACUUGACACUUGAUCAUUGCAUCAAACAGCAAUCAUUAAAGUUAUGGUACACUUUAAAUAAUCAAAUGCCAUAAAUGUAAUCUCUGCCAUUAAAAAAAGUAUAUGUUUAUCUUAUUUUUUAAAUCCAUCUGUGAAAGAGUUAAAUUAGGGCAUAUAGUAAUGAUUCUAUUACAAUGUUAUGCCGGCUCACAUGGAUGCACUCCCUUUUUUUUUUUUUUUUAAUGACAAUUCCAGUGAACAUCCAAUCAACAUGUGUGUCAGUUGACAAUCAUAAAGUCCAGCCCUUUAAAGCCCAUAGAAAGCCUAUGUAAAAAGUGGAUGUGACUGCUCUAUACAGCUCAGCUCAGCCAAAAGAGGGGGGGGGGGUCGAAGGAACAGACAAUACCAAUUAGGAUUAUAAACAUUUUAUUAUAAAAUAAAUAUAUAUAUAUUAUACACUUUUAAAAAAAAAAAUUGGUUUUACUUGCAAACUGAUGUUUUAUUGCAACAUUUUUAUAGUCUGAAAUUUACCAUCACUUGAACAUUCCUGCUUUUUCAAAUAAAGAUAGCAAGAGAACAAAGAUAAUAGGAGUAAAUUAGAAAGAUGCUUAAAAUUGCGUGGUCUAUCUGAAUUAUGAAAGACAAAUUUUGGGUUUACUAUCCCUUUAACAUGACAGUGUACAAUACAUUUUUUCUUUGCAUAAAUGUUUUGUAGAUGAUCCAUUUAUAAAGCCCAUCUGGUAGUAUUUUAAUUAAAAUGUAUAGUUUUGCUUAUUUAUUAAGAACAUUGUGCUGAUUUUCAGUCUCCUAACCAAGCCCCACAGUGCCAGAUGUAUACGCAUGUCUACAGACCCCUGCAGGCUCCCCUUUAUGUUAUCUGUCUUUUCAUAUGCAGGGGAGGUGGGGAGUGUCUGCUCUUUUUGUUUACCCAGCCCCUUUCAGUGGGUGUCCCAGACUACCUCAUCAACAGUGCUAAACUGGCAGCUUCUAAGUAAUAUUUAAAAGGUUUUAUACUGGAUUUUUAGAUCAGCAUCUGUGCAUAUUCUUCUUUGUAGCAGUGUCUAUUACAUGCAGUUAUAUGAAAAUUGGUGAAUACUGUCCCUUUAAUACACAUCUCAUGUUGCUAGGACAGGUUUACAUUGAAAAAUAUUAUAUAAAGAUAUGGUACUUUUAGUGUUCUAACAAUUUUUUAAAUAGGCCAUAGUAGCUAAAAAAAAAAAACUAAAAUUGUGUGCAGGUGCAACAAGUAACACACAUGUCAGUUCACUACAGUAAACAUCAAUGUUUUCUACAAACAAUUUAAUAUCUGAAUCUCUGUUUACAAACAUUUUGAAAGGUUUAAAGGGACAGUCAACACCAAAAUUGUUAUUGUUUAAGAAGAUAGUUAACACCUUUACUACCCAUUCCCCAGCUUUGCACAACCAAUAUACUUAAUAACAUUUAAACCUCUAAAUUUCUACCCGUUUCUAAGCCACUACAGUCAGCCUCUUAUUACAUGCUUUUAUGGUCGCUUUUCACAACAGGAGAGCGCUAGUUCAUGUGAGCCAUAUAGAUAACAUUAUGCUCACACCCAAAGUUGUGCACAACACAGCACUAGUUGGCUAAAAUGCAAGUCAAUAGAUAAUAAACAGUCAUGUGAUCAGUAGGCUGUCAAGAGGCUUAGAUACAAGGUAAUCACAGAGGUAAAAAGUGUAUUUAUAUAACCAUGUUGGCUGUGCAGAACUGGGGAUUGGGUAAGAAUGGGGUUAUCUCUUUAGAAACAAUAACAUUUUUGGAGUUGAUUGUCCCUUUAAAGGGAAUAAAUGUUGCACAGAUUUGUCAGUUAUAGAGUUCCAACAAUUUUACCUUUUUAACACCAUUACAAUAUUGUAUUCCGUCCGAAUUUUGCUGGGCUUUAGUGCAGAUAGACGGAAUACAACGUCCUAACAGCUUGACUUUCCUGAAGGCACUGGCACUUACCUGAUGGGAUCACAGUCUGGAGGGCGUGCCUAGCAUCAUAGGGAUGCCCCCCUGACGCGAUCCCAUCAUUGAAAUCUCGUGAUCACGUGCAUGAUCGCGGGAUUUCAAAUUGUUUACAUCAGGACAGUUGUUCUGAUGUAGACAUGUUAACCCCGGCAUGAAAGGGUUAACAGCCCAUAGUAGCUAAAAAAACAAAAAUUGGGUGCGAGUGCAAGAAGCUGUUGCACAUAUGCCAGUUUUUUUUUUUUUUUUUUUUACAGUUUUAAAAUCUGAAUCUCUGCUCACAAACAUUUAUUACGGUUUGAGGGGAAUAAAUGUGGCACUGAUUUAAAUAGACAAUAGUAGGCCCAAAACCAGGAGCAGCAAGUUACAAAGAUGCCAGCUCUCAACAGUAAUAUCUGAAUCUCUGCAGUCCAGUCUGGUUAGACAUUUUUACAAGAAUAAAAAAAAAAAAAAUAUUGAUUGAAAUAGUUGAAUUAGCCUGUGGCAUCCCCACCUAUUCUGAAAGUUUCUGGCCUUAGGUCCAAGCUAUAGAUAAGCUGUGUAAACACAGCCAGCAGAAGAAAUUACACUCCCAGUGGGGUAUAGAAGAGAUAAGAUAAUAACAUUUUAAUUUUCAAAGGCUCUCUCCAAGUAUAGGUCUUUGGUUUACUGACAGGUAUAAGAUAAAGAAGCAUGUAUAUGUACACAAUGUGAUAAAGUAAUGAGAUCUGAUUAUACCUACAAGCUCAACGAGUAGUGGACCUACUCAACAGAGGGCCCUGGUGCAAUUUUUUUGGGCCCCCCAAAGGUUACUCAGUAGAAAGCAACAGCAUUAAUAUAGAUAGAUAUAUCGGCAACCUACACUCAUAACAAGGAUCCCCUGCAUUAGGAUUGUACACAUUCUGCACAUUCCUAAGUAUAGACUGUCUGCUUUGGGCCCCUCAAGCACUUGGGCCCUAAUGCCACUGCACCAAUGGUAGUUCCGCUCCUGAGCUCAACCCAUUUUAUUAGGUUGUGGCUUCAAAACACAAAAUCAGCUAUUUAAUAUACACAAACCUUUAAAAGCAAAUUCUCAUGCAUUUUAUACUCUGCAGUUCGUAAAAAAAUGAAGUAAUCAGAAACACAUUAAGGGAAAAACAAUUUUACAGUAUACUGUCCCUUUAAGAUGGAGCAUGCAAUUUUAAAGGGGCAUGAAACCCUCAAUUUUUCUUUCAUUAUUCUGAUAGAGAAUACAAUUUAAAACCUACCAUUUUACUUCUAUUAUUUAAUUUGCUUCGUUAUUCAGGUAUCCUUUGUUGACGAAAUAGCAAUGCACAUGGGUGAGCCAAUCACUUGAGGCAUCUAUGUGAAGCUACCAAACAGCAGCUACUAAGCCUAUUUAGAUAUGCUUUUCAACAAAGGAUAUAGCAAGAAUGAACCAAAUUAGUUAAUAGAAGUAAAUUGGAAAGUUGUUUAAAAUUGAAUAUUCUUUCUAAAUCAUGAAAGAAAAAAAUUGGGUUUAAUGUCUAAGCAACUUUCUAAAUUACUCCUAGUAUCAGUUUUUUCUUCAUUCUCUUGGUAUCUUUAUUUGAAAAGCAGGAAAGUAAGCUUAGGAGCUGGACCGUUUUUGGUUCAGCACCUGAGUAGAGCUUGCUGAUUGGUAGCUAAUUGUGAUGUUUGUGUGAUGUAGACACAGAUCUGUACAUUAAAGGGACACUCAGGUUAAAUUCAAUUUUCAUGAUUUAGAUACAGCAUGUCAUUUUAAACAACUUUCCAGUUUACUUCCAUUAAAAAAAAAAUGUGCACAUUCUUUUAUAUUUACAUUUUUUGAGUCAUCAGAUCCUACUGAGCAUGUGCAAGAAUUCAGACUAUACUAUAUGCAUUUGUGAUUGGCUGAUUGAUAUCACAUGGUACAAAGGGAGUGGAAAUAUAAAUAACUUUGAAAUUUGUUAGAAAAAAAUCUACUACUCAUUUGAAGUUCAGACUAAGUGCUAUUGCAUCGUCUUGUUAUCUUGCAUUUGUUGAUUAUGCAAAUCUAAUGAGUUGACUGGUCCUUUAAUAUAUAUUAUUUACACCCUCCUCUCUAGUUAUAGGUCAGUGUUACUGUAAGUGACAAGGUGAGUACUUUACUCAGUGUCAGAUCACUAAGUGAUCAGAACCAGUUAUUGGAGUAUUGGGGCUGAUUCACGCGUGACCAACAAGAUGACGACUGAGAAGAACCAAACCUCAGAGCUGACUGGGGAGGAACAAAUGGAGUUUGAUGAAGUUGCAGUUUAUUUCUCGGAGGAGGAGUGGGGCUGUUUAACUGAAGAAGAAAAAGAGCUUUAUAAGGAUGUGAUGAUGGAGAAUUAUCAGACCCUCAGGUCUCUAGGAUAUGUGCCUGAGAAACCUGUACUUGUUACAAAGAUUGAGGAUAGAGAGGAGCCGUUCGUGUGCAGUUUACCAACUACCAAAGGGAUCUGCCCUCCUCCUGUCUGUUCUGCAGCAGAGAACUCAUCAGGAUUUAAAUGCUCAUCUAUAUCAGAAACCCCGGCAGCCAAGGCCCCCUCAAGAAAGCGCAAAAGGUGUCCAGUAUCCAACAUUCCAGCGGCUGCAAAAAUGGAAAACACUAUAUCUAACCUUAAAAAAUUCUUAAAAUUGGACUUAAAAUCAAAACAGGAAGUUAUAAAUAAUGGAAGACCAAUGCCUGAGCUUAAGGACCUACUUCAAACGGAGGGACAAAAGAAAACAACACGGUGGUUUCAAGUGGAGUGGUACUUGCGAAAAGACUGGCUGUGUGGUUGUGCUACGAAGAGUCGCCUGUACUGCUAUCCCUGCCUUUUGUUUUCCCCUGCUGACAACGUUUGGACUAAAGAAGGAUUUUGUUACUUGAAAAACCUAUCAAGGGCCCUCAACAAACAUGAGAAAUCAAAAACUCACAUUCACAGCCAAAUUGCUUUAAAAACCUUUGGAACUUCGACGAUAGAUCGGGAUUUGAAUGAACAGCAGAGAUUAAAUAUCAUCACCCACAAUGCUAAAGUAAAAGAAAACCGUGAUAUUUUAAAAGACCUUAUCAAUGCAACCUGCUUCCUAGCCAAACAGGAAUUAGCAUUUAGUAGUAACGAGCAGGGUGCAAACUCUUCUAAUCAUGACAACUAUGUGGAGCUUUUAUAUGUUUUGGCUGAGAAAGAUGAAAAGUUAGCUAAACAUUUGGCGACAUCCACUGUGUUUUCUGGCUCAUCAAACAGAAUACAUAAUGAUUUAAUCGAAGCAGUCGCUGAUGUAAUUAGAAAUGAUAUCAAAAAGGAGAUUAAUGCAGCCCCGUUUGUUGCUGUUGAAGUAGACGAGACAACGGAUGUCACAAACAAAGCCCAGAUCUCUGUAAUUUUGCGUUAUGUGGCUAAAAGGGAGCUGACUUGUGAAGUGAAGGAGGUGUUGUUAGGAUUUGAUGAAGUGGUUGACAGACAAACACCAGCUAUUGCUAAAUAUGUAUUGGGUGUGUUGGAGAAAUACAAUUGUGUUGAAAAGCUGGUAGCUCAGACUUACAAUGGACCCUCUGUGAUGGCAUCAGAGCUUAAUGGGGUACAGGCUAAGAUUAAAGAAAAAGUACCUGAAGCCACUUUUAUGCAUUGUUAUGCUCACAAAUUGAACCUGGUGCUCUUGCAUUCAGCAAAAUCUAUACCUGAGUGUCAAGUAUUCUUUUCAACACUUGAGGGACUUGCCACGUUUUUCAGUAAGUCGACCAAGCUUACCCACCUACUGGACGAUUUUGUAAAGAGACGUUUACCAAGAGCAGCACCCACCAGAUGGAGUUCAAAUUCCAGACUAGUGCCAACGGUAAACAUGUUCCAAAGUGAUCUGCGUGCUAUGUUCCUGUUUCUCAGAAAAAAUCCAUCUGGUUGGGAUAAUAAAACCUUGAUGAUGGCUGAAGGAUAUACAAACUUUCUGUCUAAAGCAUCAACCUGCUUCUUGCUAAUGGCAUAUGAUACCAUUUUCAUAGAAACUGAGACACUCUAUAGUUUGCUGCAGAGUAAAGUGAUGGAUGUUGAAUUCUGCUGUCGGCGAAUUUGUGCCACUAUGAAAAAUCUGGAAAAGCAGAGACAGGAGUUUGACACUUUCUAUGGGAAAUUUGAGGAGAAAUGCGUCAGAAUGGGGCUGACAGACAAUGAAAGAAGUAAACCGUUAAUAAGAGAUGUGAGGAGAAUAAUGUUUUAUAACAUUUUUGACAAUGUCGGCGUUCAAAUGAAAGCUCACUCUGAUCAUUUUCGUGAGCUAGAAUUCCUUACUUUGGUCAAUUGCACUAAACUACUAGAAAUAUCGAAACAUUUUGAUGACGAAAAACUGCAGAGCCUAACAAAAUAUGCCAAAUACUUUGACUUAGUUAGACUAAAAUGGGAUCUCAUUGGAUUGUAUAGUUCUGAAACUGUAAGGAAUAAUUGCAAAUCACCUGGAGAUCUUCUCAGCUUUUUGGCCAAAAGGGAUCUGAUGCAGACUGUUCCAGAGGCUGUUAAAUUACUCCAGCUGGUUCUCACAAUAACAGUUACAACAGCCUCUUUUGAAAGGUCGUCAUUCUCUGCUUUAAAGAGAAUCAAAACACAGAGCAGGAAUCGAACCGAGCAAGGACAACUUUCAGCUCUGGCAAUUUUAUCAAUUGAGCAGGAGAGACUGUUGGAGUUGAAAGAAAAAAACGAAGAAGAGUUUUUUAAUAAAGUUAUAAACAAUUUUGUCAAAAAAGACAGGAGAAUGGACUUUAUGUACAAAUAAGUUAUUUGAUAAAGACCGAAUUUUAAAAAGAACAAAAUGUUUGUUUUUUUGUUUUUUUUUUUUCUCUGAAGCUAAUUUGCAAUACAAUUUUCCCCUGUUGCAAUAUAUGAUCACCCUUUUAAAACGGCUUUAUUCUCCAGGUAAUCAACAUAUUACAGAUGAGCUGGUGCUUUAGUGCAAUGUUUAUUAACCGUGGUCCUCAAGUACCCCCAACAGGCUAGGUUUUCAUUAUAGCUGAACCAGUGCACAGGUCAAAUUAAUCAGCUGAUCAGUAACACCAUGGAUACUAACCUGCUCUCACCCAUCAGCUGAUAAUUUCACCUAUGCACUGGUUUGGCUAUAAUGAAAACCUUACUAAUUGGGGUGCUUGAGGACUGCAGUUGUGAAACAAUGUUUUAGUUUAACUGCCUAACUAUACAAUCUCAUUUCAAAGGGAGCUGCAGAAAAAUCUUCAAUCUCAUCAUAGAAAGUGAAGAAAUUGCUGGGAAUGUAAGACCAUGCACUCUAUUUUUUUUUAUUUGUUUUGAAUGAGUAUAAAUAGUAAAACUGUAUUUGCCUAUAUAACGAGAACUGAAUUGGUUUUGUACCUGUAUGCAUGUGUUGUAAAGAAUUCUAAUCGUCAUUGUGCAAACCUGCUAAUUUAAUGGUACAUUGAAGCUACAUCUAUUGGGUUCAUAUAUGGGCUUCUCGGGCGUAUAAUAGCCAGUGCCUUACCAGCCUCUGACCUUAACGAACGUCACUGAUGCACAGUACCUAUCCACUCUUAUAGGCGAUAAUGAAAAUACAUGCAUCAAAUAAACACCUGCCCGAUAAAAACUAGGCUUUGUGUAACUUAGAGUUCUAACAUUAGUGUCAUUGAAUUUUGCUCAGUCUGGGGUAUGCUUGGGUAGUAGUCUCCAACUUGGGAUUAAAGGGAUAGUAUACUAUAAAAUUGUUUUCCCUUUGAAUGUGUUUCCAGUUACAUUUUAUACUCUGCAGCUGAUAAAAAAAAAGUGAGAUUUGCUUUUUAAGGCUUAUUUGUGUAUAUGAAUUAGCUGAUUUUGUGUGUUUUGAAGCCACAACCAAAUAAAAUGGUUUGAGCUUGUAGGUAAAA